GUUGUGUCCUCGAUUUUUGGCGCAUGCUCAGCGCGAAGCGAACGUUGCAACAUCUAAUUUGCGCUAUUGAAAUUUGAAUCUGUUGUUCCAACAAUCUCUCAAAGUAAAGCAAUUUUCAUGAUUUCCUUUACAUUUCAUCGUCUCUACAGACUUCACCAUUUUACAGCUUCUACCACACUCCUUAAUGGCCUCCUUUUCUCCCAUCCUUACCAUUUCUUCAACUUUAAUAGUAACCCCUUUUGGCGCUAUACCCAAUUCAAUUCUUUUACAACAAACCCAUUGUCUUCUGAUUUUGAUUCAGUUGUCAAAAGGGUCUGUUCUUUAGUAUCUGAAUCAUAUUGUAAAGUUCAAGAAAAUACCCAUUUCAAAUCUAGACAUCCCAAGUUGAAAUUGCCUAUAGAUUCUGAGUAUUUGACUCAAGAACAGGCUAUAACUGUUGUUGCUUCUCUUGCAGAUGAGGGAGGGUCCAUGCUGGCAUUGAGUUUCUUUUAUUGGGCAAUUGGGUAUGUGAAAUUCAGGCAUUUUAUGAGGCUUUAUAUUGUUUUAGCUAUUUAUUUGAUUAAAAAUGGAAACUUUGAGAGAACCCAUGAAGUGAUGCAUUUUAUGUUGAGGAAUUUUUGUGAAGUUGGUAUGUUAAAGGAGGCUGUAGAUAUGGUUUUUGAGAUGCAAAAUCAAGGUUUGGUUUUGAAUGCUGGGAGUUUGAAUUCUGUUGUUAGUGUUGCUACUGAGAUGGGGCAUGUUGAGAUGGCAGAGAAGGUGUUUGGUGAAAUGUGUGACAGAGGGGUGUGUCCUGAUUCGUUUUGUUUCGAGUCUAUGGUUGUUGCUUAUUGUAGGAUGGGAAGAGUUGUAGAGGCUGAUAGGUGGCUGAGUGCAAUGCUAGAAAGGGGGUUUCUUGUUGAUAAUGCGACUUGCACUUUAAUAAUGAGUGUUUUCUGUGAUAAGGGGUCUGUUAAUAGAGUGUUGUGGAUUUUUAAUAAACUGAUUGAAUUGGGGUUGGCUCCAAAUGUUAUCAAUUAUACGUGUUUGAUAAAUGGAUUGUGUAAGAAAGGCAUUAUUAAGCAUGCGUUCGAGUUGUUAGAGGAAAUGGUUAGAAAAGGUUUGAAACCAAAUGUUUUCACUCAUACUGUAUUGAUUGAUGGUCUUUGUAAGAAAGGCUGGAUGGAUAAGGCUUUUAGACUAUUCUUAAAACUUGUGAAGAGUGACAAUUACAAGCCUAAUGUGCAUACAUAUACAGCCAUGAUAGCUGGAUACUGCAAACAGGAAAAAUUGAAUCGAGCAGAGAUGCUUCUGAGCAGAAUGCAAGAACAAGAGUUGGUCCCUAAUGCCAACACCUACACUGCUCUCAUUGAUGGGUACUGUAAAGUAGGAAACUUUGAUGUUGCGUAUAAAUUAUUGCGUGUGAUGGAUGAAAAAGGCUUGGCGCCAAGCAUUUUUACGUAUAACGCGGUCAUUGAUGGCCUGUGUAAAAAGGGAAGGGUUCAGGAGGCUUAUCAGAUGCUGAAGAAAGGUAUGCAAAUUGAAAUUUCGCCAGAUUUAGUGACUUACACCAUUCUAAUGUCUCAGAGCUGCAAACUAGGAGAUAAUGGACAAGCUUUUGCUCUUUUCAGCAAGAUGGUUAAAGCUGGUAUCAGCCCUGAUAUGCAUACAUACACCACAUUAAUUGCUGCCUUGUGUAGGCAAAAGAAAAUGAAAGACAGUGAAAAGCUCUUUGAUGAUGCUGUAAUUUUAGGUUUGAUACCUACCAAAGAGACUUGUACUUCCAUGAUUUGUGGAUAUUGUAGAGAUAAAAAUGUGGCCAUGGCCAAGAAGUACUUCCAGAGGAUGGGAGAAUAUGGUUGUGUACCUGAUAGCCUCACUUAUGGUGCUUUGAUUAGUGGGCUUUGUAAGGAGUCAAAGUUGGAUGAGGCUAGAGACCUUUACAAUUCAAUGGUUGAUAAAGGUAUUCCCCCAUGUGAAGUUACACGGCUGACUGUAGCUUAUGAGUAUUGCAAGAACAAUGAACCAACCAUCGCGAUGGGCCUCUUAGAUAGAUUAGAAAAAAAACUUUGGAUUCGAACUGUAUCUACCCUAGUCAGGAAGCUUUGCAGUGAAAAGAAUGUGGAUGUAGCUGCUCUAUUUUUCCAUAAACUGCUAGACAAACAGCAGAGUGUGGAUCGAGUAACCCUUGCAGCGUUUAUGUCGGCGUGCUAUGAAAGCAAUAACUAUGACCUUGUCUCCAGUAUGAAUGAGAGGAUAACAAAAGAUUUUGGAGAAUCUACGGUAGAGUGACCUUGUGAUUUACUGUACAACAACCAAAAGGCUAUUUGGCAGGUGUGCAAGUAGCAAGUUAAAAUGAUUGCUUUAUCCUCUUUAAGACAGAGCAUUAAAGCUGUCCCCUCACACUACUUCUUGAUUUGGGUAAUGCCAAAAGUAAGAAGCAAGCGCUGGGUUAAUUUACUGAUUUGAACAGAAGCGUGUAGCUUUCUCAAAAGUCUAUAUUGUUUGGGCUAGGUGGAAACUAGCUGCCUGUGGAAUGAUCUUGCGUUGACGCAAAUGGCCAAGCUGAGGAAGAUUCUUUUCCAGGGCAAGUUGUUGAAUGGAAUUCUUUACAGCAAUGACGUGCUUGAAAGAGAAGUUCUUACAAACCUCCCUUGAUAUUAAAAGGAAGUUGACAAUUACAGAAAUGUUCACAGUAGGAAAAUCAGGUAUCUUUCUUUUCCUUUAAUAUUCACACAAUCAUUGUUCAGACAAGAUUGGGAGAUGAGGACAAAAGUUGUCAAAAAACUAUUAUACAGCGGGAGAGAUUGAUUAGGGUACAGUUAUUUGACAGCAAAUAGCAAUCACCUUAGUACUUCCCUUCUUUUUAACGUACGAAGAUGUUGGCUAGCUCACUAUGCAGCUGUCAAGUCAUAUGUAAUGGAAGGAGAUUCAGGACCAUAUAGCUGCUUGUACAGAUUGUGGUUUUGGUUUCUCGUCAUUUAGAUUUUGAUGCAUAAACCUCUUCCGCAAGAUCAUGGUUAGAGAAAGUCCUCUGGUGUCGUCAUUGUAGAUUCUUGACAUUGGACAUUACCAAGGAUUUCCACAUUUUUGUUGACAGAGGUGGUGUGCAUUGCAGGCUACACCAAACUGCCACAGCAUGUUCAAGCUAUUUAGGUAUCAUGGAUCUCAAUCUUUACCUCCAUUUCUUAACUGACACUCCAAUCUUAAGUUCUUUCUCCGACUCUCACCGAGUUUGUGAACAAGCAUUUUACCAAGACUGGUGACUAUCAAUUGUAUGUCGUAAAUGAAAAAUUCAAAACUAGUUGAGCCUCUCAAUCAUCAUACUGGGAAAAUUGUUAGCCAAAGGUACUUAGAAUGUAUAUAAAAGGUAUCAUUACAUUUGCCUUAUGAAUGUUGCUGUAUUGUUUUAUCUUUGUUCAUCUCA